GCCGCACAGAAUAACGCUGCACCAAAAUACAUAAAAACGUGCUUCAGCAUGAAAUUAUUAACGUACAAUUUUCUCACUUCCAAGUGUAUCCGUGGAGUAAAAGUUGGAUAUCCACUAAAGCUGAACAUCGUAGAGAAGAAAGAAGUAAAUGCAGAUUUUAGCUCGGAAUUCAUCACCCGAAUGCUGCCAAGACUGGAAUGGAGUGCAAUCUGUGAGGCCGCAGCUAAUGUUGGUUCCGAGAUUCCCAGCACCAUGCCCACCGAUAUCCAGAACGAUAUGGAAACGUUACAGAAACUUCACCACAUCCUGCUGGAGGUAGACGUUGUCGAGGGGACACUGGAAUGUCCUGAAACGGGACGCAUUUUUCCAAUCAACAAAGGUGUACCGAAUAUGUUGCUAAAUGAAGAUGAGGUUUAAGGGGUGUUCGCAUUUCAAUUCGCUUUCCUUCUUUAUGUGGUAAUGUGUAAGCUAAUGUAACAUAAACGUAACAUUUGUUCGGGUGUGUUUUGGUCAAAUAGUAUUUGUCGUUUGUAAACGAUUUCAAAAAAUGCCCGUUCGUUUGAGUUAACGCUUUGAUUGGAACGUGAUAGCAAAUCAGGCAAGGCAGCAGGUACGAUUGUUGAGUCAAGCGAGCAAAAAAAAAUGUAACCAAAACAGUUAAAUAAUCAACUCCAAUAUUGCCGAAAA